CACGAGAUGAACCCUACGUCUCUCGCUGUCGACAUUUUGCCAACUUUUAAGGACAAAUCAUUUGUAAUUUAACAACCUUGUCAUCAUGGACGAAAACAAGAAGUCAAAGCUUUUCAUAUCUUCGCCACUUGAGCUGAAGGAUGAUCUCGAAGAGAAAAUGGAGAAAGGUUGUGAGAUUCUGACGAAGGUGAUGGGAAGUUCGUCAGAGAGAGAAGCUCAUGACUCUCUGGUUGCCGUGGUGUGUAAAGGAAUGAAGGAACAUGAGGAGAUAACACUUGGUCUUCUGUACAGCAUUCUCACAAAUCCAGCCACAGCGCCCAAGACGUAUAGAGACCUUGCAUUGAUAUCAAGAGAUGGUCUCGCCGUUGCUUGGGCCAAACUCAACCAGAUUGUUGUUGACAAGUACACCAAGCUGCAGGAAGGUGCUAGAAAGCAGCUUGUUUGGGUCACAAAGGAGAUGGUGAAAAACUCUGUGACCGGAAUCGUCAAUGUCUGUUCAUCUCUCAUCAAACAAAUAGCAGGUGGAGAUAUAAGUCCAAAGAAUGUGUGGCUCGCUGAAGCGCUGCUGGAUUUAUUCACUGAAAACAAAUCGUGGUUAGACAAGUAUCCAGUAUUAAUGGCAAUGGUGCUGUACACAUACCUACGAAUCAUAGAGGAUCACAGCUCACCGAUGUUAGCGAGUCUCAGGCAGAAGGAAGUGGACUUCUGUAUCGGACUUCUUAGGUCAAAGUUCAUGGAGUGCAUCAGAAUAGGCAGAGAUCUCCUGAGACUUCUUCAAACCGUCGCCAGAAUACCAGAAUUUGAUAAUCUUUGGAAAGACAUCAUUCACAGGCCACAGUCUUUAAACUCGCAAUUUACCGGUGUCUCUCAACUGAUGGGUCAGAGAACAUCUCCAAAGUAUCUCGCUUGCAGACUCACACCAGAUAUGGAGAAGAAAGUCAUAUUUCUCACAUCGAAGGUUCGGUUUGGUCAGCAAAAAAGAUACCAAGAUUGGUUUCAGAAACAAUACCUCUCAACCCCAGAAAGUCAGUCAUUACGUUGCGAUCUGAUUCGCUACAUCUGCUGUACGGUCCAUCCUUCAAAUGAGGUUCUGUGUUCUGACAUCAUUCAACGCUGGGCUGUGAUUGGUUGGCUUCUAACGACGUGUACUUCCAAUGCAGCAGCUUCCUGUGCCAAGUUGGCGUUAUUCUACGACUGGCUUCUCUUUAACCCAUCUAGGGGCAAUAUUAUGGACAUAGAGCCAGCCAUUCUUGUUAUGCAUCAUUCCAUGAGGUCUCAUCCCGCCAUAACGGCAACCUUGCUAGACUUCCUUUGCAGAGUAAUUCCAAACUUCCAUCCUCCGUUAGAGCAACAAAUAAGGCAAGGCGUGAUGUCAUCUCUAAGAUUUCUCCUGGAGAAGAGAGUUUUACCAUCUCUAGCGCCGCUGUUUGACAGUGGUAAGCUGGACAGGGAGCUCAGAGCGAUGAUCAGGGAUACCUUCGCAGAGUUCUGUGCUCCUUCUACACCCACCACGCCAACUACACCUACGUUACCCACACCACCAGAAGUUGAUGGUAAAGGAGAGAUAGAAUCAUCUAACAACGACCACGGACCCCCACUCCAGAGAUUACCGUCUGAAGACGCAACAUUCAGUGAUGAAGAAGAAGAAGAUAGAUCCUUGAGGCAUCGUCUUCAAGAUACUGCGAUGUUUCGUCCCAUUAAGCAGGAAGAGGAGGUUGACCUAGAGUUGUAUUUGGAUCAACUAGAUGGAGAGAUUAAAGAGAUGUGCUCAAUAUUGCACAGUCAGAGAGAUUCCGACAUUGAGACGCAGUGUGAAACGAUGGAAAAUCUCUGUAGUGUCAUUCUAGAAAUGGAUGAUUUUGACAGUGAUGUAGCGGGUCCCCUAGCCAUGUUCCUGUGCAGCUUAUAUAAGAAUGACAUCACGGGUGAAUCCUUGCCAGAUGAAAUUACAGAUGAAACCAUGGAGGAUUCUCUGGGGAAACCUAUAUUUGUUAUAUUCAGGAAUCUGAGCGCAGACGCAGAGCAAGAUUCGUGUCCGUUGCAGCUCCUCACGCUAGUCUGUAUGAUGUAUGAGAAACAAGCUCAAAUUGGUUACAAUCUUCUGUACUUCCUGCAUGCAAGUAGCAGCAAGCAGGGUGAGAGGAGACUCCACAUGUACGAAGAGGUCUGUAAAAAUACUGAAAUUGGAGAGCUGACAUCGUGCCUAGUCAGGGAUUUCAAGAGUUGUGCUGAAGAAGAUGUGAAGCUGAUGUGUUAUCUUGUUGCACCAGUUUAUACAAUGUUUUGCGAUGCUGCUUUAGCGAGUAAUGAUUUAUUACUAACAAUAGUGUCCUGUGUGGACUCGUCACAGCUACAAGAUUUAAUCUGCGAUGUAAUGCAAGGCAACCUAGUCAUGUUCAAGAAAGACAAUAUAGCAAAAGUAUUAGAAGCAACGUUGAAUUGGGAGACAUUUGAGCAGUAUUGUGUCUGGCAGCUUCUUCUGGCACAUGAUGUUGAAGUUGAUCAGUUCAUCUCAGUUGUCCCUAAACUCACAUAUAAAGAUCAUCCAGAGGCCAUGGCCAGUUUGUUACUCAUGUUAAAAAUAGAAAGAAUAUCCUUGGAGUUGUUGAAGCCUUUAAUGUCUCGCCCGUUUAAAUAUGGAGACAGGUUUACUUCAUCUAUAUUGAGUUACUGGGCUGUACAGGAUGAGCAGCAUCUUGCUGACCUCAUUAAGACUUUACUAGUCAGAGCAACAACAUCAGCCAAGAGGUUAAGACAAAGGCAAGCCAGUAAACCUUCCAACAUCCCGUCUCCAGAUCAGAUCCUUGGCCAUCUUGAAUCACUCAGGCAAACUUGCGCAAUUAAACAAACAAUGUUUUUCAGUCAAGAGGCUGUUCUUCAGGGUUUACAGACGGUGCAGAAUGCCUGUACAGAUUCCCAGAAAAGAAAAUUCAGUGACCUCUUUGGUCUGACGGAGGACCUUGAUGAUAUGUCUUCAAGAACGACUCGUAGCCGGGUCACCAGAAGGUCACCAGGGUCAUCGAGUCCUAAGAAUAGGAAGACAGUCCAAAAUGAUGUAGAGUCAUCCUCCGAGUCUGAUCAGGAUGAAGACAUGUUGAGCAACAAACCAAAACCAGCGAAGAAAAGGAAGAAGUCAUCAGCGAUUGGUGGAUCUGACAGUGAUUAAGAUAACAGCCUCUAGCCAAGGCGUUGCUCGUAUUCUUCUACUUCUUUGUUUCCUCCAUUCCCCCUUUUUUUUUAUUGAAUUCAUUGAUAGCAGAUUUAGUAUUAGUCAUUGAUUCUUUGUCAUUUAUUUUUUGUCUCCCUUUUUUUGAAAUCCCCGAACGUAUCAGGGCUGGAAAUGAAACUUUGGGCUUUUGCUGAUUUUAAUCAGACCUGGCACGUUGAGCGGGGGGAUUUGCUGAAGGAAAGGCAGGUCCAAGUUUAGGACAUGUUCAGUAAUCGGUUCUUUAAUUCCUCAGAGGAUGUCAAGAGCUGAUUGAGAUGUCUAUAAAUGAAAACCAUCAGAGGGUCUUUUGUUCGUUUUUGUUUUGUUUUUGAUAGCAUACCAGACCCCACUGUUUUACUUGAAUUCCGAGGGACAUUUAAAGGUUAACUGUUCAUGACCAAGUCUUGUGUUUCUCUCAUUGGCUACUGUCUUGGGUGACCAAUUGCAUAAUUGUCUCCUCUCUUGCAUCCACCAAUGCUGGGAGGAGUGCCCCUUCCCAUUUGACGGGUUAACCCCGACCAUCUUCACCUCUCAGAGUCAAUCAGGUUGUCAUGACGUUGUUUUGAAUCAAUAAUAUUUGUGGCUAAGCACAAGAUGACCGGGAACCAGUCCUGCAAAGAACUGUCAGCAAAUGAGAAUGUCUUACACAGACCUCAAGUGAGUGAACUGUCUGAGGGGGUCUACUGGGCCCAGGUGCCCCAUUGUAUUAGAUAUUGCUCCCAGAGUGACAUCCAUCAUUCAACCGUUCACUUUACAUUGAGAGUAAAUCCUUAUCGAGUGAAGCCAAUUGGUGGAAAUGGGUUAUUUAGAUUACAGGAAAUGUUUCAGCCACUUCCUACAACUAACAAGCAGAAAGCACCAGGGCUCGGUUCCAUUGAGCUGCUUCAGCACAAGAAAGCAGCUAAGCACACCAAUGCUUACCAAUGCUUACCAGAUUAUGGUUAUCGUUCAG